CGCAAGAACGCCUGCCAACUCCCCACACUCGGCCCAACUCAGCUUAGGGCCUUCGUCCCCCAAACACUGCGGGUAACCAAUCUUUGUCGCGACUCACCACCAUGGCCAGCGAAAUCACCGAGCACGACCAGAACGCGUCGCCGUCGGUCCACGACGACGGCAAUGGCACCAUGGGCAUGGAGAACCGCGGCGUCAAGCGUGCGCGCGCCGCUGCCGACGACGACGACGACGACGAUGACAAGCCCGGCCGCGAGCGAAGAAAGAUUGAGAUCAAGUUCAUCCAAGACAAGUCGCGUCGACACAUCACCUUCUCCAAGCGCAAAGCUGGCAUCAUGAAGAAGGCCUACGAACUGUCCGUCCUGACGGGCACGCAAGUGCUGCUGCUCGUCGUCUCCGAGACUGGCCUCGUCUACACCUUCACCACACCCAAGCUGCAACCGCUAGUCACCAAGCCUGAGGGCAAGAAUCUCAUCCAGGCCUGUCUCAACGCCCCUGAGCCGUCAAGCGGCGACGCGAAUGGCGUCGACAACGACACUGUCGAAUCGCCAGAGGACAACCACGCCCAAGUGCCGCCCGGCCAGCCACGCGGAAUGCCGCCCAAUAACCAGCCCAUGCCCCAAGCCUACAUGACGCCCGAGGCUGCCCUGCACUACCAGAGCUAUCUCCAACAACAACAGCAAUCAAACCAGUACCCCAUGGCGCAGCAAGGCAUGCCCCGCCAUCCUGGUGGCCACUACCCCCAGGACCAGAAGCUGGGUUAAACGUAAUACACACAUACUCUACCACUUUGGUAGCAGGUCACUACUCGGAAGGCGCAUAGUAACUGGAUAGGGAUACCCACAUAAUGGCAAAAGUA